CUGAAAAUUCAAGAACAGAUUCAAAUCUACCUUUGAUCGAUCAGUGAGAAAUGGCUCUCGAAUGGGUUGUGUUAGGCUACGCCGCGGCGGCUGAAGCUAUCAUGGUUAUCCUUCUGACGAUGCCGGGGCUCGACGGACUCCGCAAAGGAUUGGUCGCCGUCACGCGUAAUCUCCUGAAACCGUUUCUAUCGAUAGUCCCUCUCUGCCUCUUCCUGUUGAUGGACAUCUACUGGAAGUACGAGACGAUGCCUUCGUGCGACGGAGACUCCUGCACGCCGUCGGAGCACCUCCGUCACCAGAAAUCGAUGAUGAAGUCCCAGCGAAACGCGCUUCUCAUCGCGGCUGCGCUUGUGUUCUAUUGGAUACUCUACUCUGUUACUCAUUUGGUGGUUAAGAUCGAGCAGCUUAACCAGCGGAUCGAGAGGCUCAAGAGCAAGGAUUGAUCUUUUUUUUUUGAAUGAAUCAUUUAUCUUAUGUCACACUCUAGUCUCUUUUAUGCUGAUGCUGUCUAGGAAUUAAAACACUUGGGAUGCAAUUUUGGUAAAAUAAGGAUAUAACGUUCUUUUUGUUUAGUUUUGUUCAAUGUGAGUUCAUAAGUAAACAGUAUGUGAAUGAUAGACGCUUGAAUA